AUGGUCAUUCUGAUUGACCGGUCUUCCUCUUGCCUGGCCCAGCAACUGCGUCUAAAACUUGUUGCAAGCCGGAUACUAUUUUUUCCUUCAUUCGUCCCAUCUUGUAGCUCCAUUUCUGUCCGAUUUACGAACCCAAUUUUGGGCUCAUCACAACCUUGCAUCUUGACCAUCCGCCCCAUCGGCCCAACGACGGCUGCGCCCAAGUAA